GCAGUACGAAAGGCGUGCUUGUUUCUUUCCAUGUUUCCGCAAUUCUGCAUCUGGGAGAUGAGGAGGAGGGUGACAUACUGACAUGCGCCGUUGCAGCAUUCGAAAAUAAAAUUGGCUCUGUCUUCUGCAUCUAAAGACGGUUCAAAGGCAGAGGCAUCUGAAUCUUUAUAGGCGGCGUUCUUUUCGCCCCCGUCUCAUCCCUUUUUUCAAUCGUUCUGCAUCUUUAUCUGCAUGCCAUGAUAUAGCCAUGAUUCAGUAUGAAGUCGCCUCACGAGUCACAAUCGCCUCAAAAGCAGCAGAGCUCAGGUUUAAACAACAGCGGCGUUUCGCCAAAUUAUUCCUAAAUUUCUCAGCGCUGUCGCACUCGCAUCCACUCAAGCACAAAAAAGCUUUGAAAAAUACAUCUGCUGGAACACGACACGGAGUGCUGAACUGAACUGAAAGGGGGAGCGUGACGGCGAAGGCGCGAGGCGAGGAGGCAGCCAUGGACAGGGACAGCAGCUCGUCGGUCUCGGUGUCCGACGAGAGCUCGGAGGCGGGGGCCGCCGGGGAGCGCGGCGGGUGCUGCUCGUCACCGUCGACGCGGAGCCUCGUCGACACGGCGGGCAACCUCAGCCGCACCGUCUCCGACGUGUCCACGUCCUUCUCGGAGCAGUGCAGCAGCGUUGACCACAGCGGGCCGUUCGAGCCGGCUGCCGCUAUGGCCAAGCUGAUCGACCGGUCCCCGGCCUCCGCCGCCGCGUCGCUCAGCCGGCUCAGCAUGAAGCCCCGCGCCGACGUGCUCGACCGCCGCUCCACCGACGACGAGAUGGAGCUGGUGAAGGAGAGGUUCUCGAAGCUUCUGCUGGGCGAGGACAUGUCCGGCGGCGGCAAGGGCGUCUGCACCGCCGUGGCCAUCUCAAACGCCAUCACCAACCUCUACGCGACGGUGUUCGGGAGCUGCCACAAGUUGGAGCCACUGCCGGCGGGGAAGAAGGCGAUGUGGAGGAGGGAGAUGGACUGCCUCCUCUCCGUCUGCGACUACAUCGUCGAGUUCUACCCGUCCACGCAGACUCUGCCCGAUGGGACCAAAGUUGAGGUCAUGGCGACCAGGCCAAGAUCGGACAUUUACAUCAACCUGCCCGCGCUCGAGAAGCUCGACGCCAUGCUCAUUGACAUACUGGACAGCUUCCAGAAGGCGGAAUUCUGGUACGCGGACGCCGGGACGAGGUCGUUCGGCUCGGUGACAUCGUCCUCGUCAGCGAUGUCGUCGUCAUUCAGGAGGUCGGUUCACCGGAACGAGGACAAGUGGUGGCUGCCGGUGCCCUGCGUCCCGGACACCGGCCUCACCGAGAAGGCGUGCAAGGACCUGCAGAAGAAGCGCGACUGCGCCAAUCAGAUCCAUAAGGCCGCCGUCGCCAUCAACAGCGGCGUCCUCAGCGACAUGGAGGUGCCCGAGUCCUUCAUGGCCGUGCUCCCAAAGAGUGGGAGGGCGAGCGUGGGGGACUCGGUGUACCGCGUCAUGCUGGGCGCCGACAAGUUCUCGCCGGACUUCCUGCUCGACACGCUCGACAUCUCGUCGGAGCACGACGCGCUGGCGAUGGCCGACCGGGUGGAGGCUGCCAUGUACGUGUGGCGGCGCAAGGCAAGCGGGAGCCACGGCAAGCUGCCAUGGAGCAAGGUCAAGGAGCUCGCGGGCGACGACGACGACAAGAACGUGACGCUGGCGGGCAGGGCCGAGAGCCUCCUGCUCUGCCUGAAGCACCGGUUCCCUGGCUUGUCGCAGACCACCCUGGACACGAGCAAGAUCCAGUUCAACAAGGAUGUUGGGCAAGCAAUCUUGGAGAGCUACUCAAGGGUGUUGGAGAGCUUGGCUUUCAACAUUAUUUCAUGGAUCGAUGACGUCCUUUUCGCCGACAAGACGAUUAGGAAACUGAGUGAUAACCUGAAGUCCUGAGUUCUUCAGCCUAGACUGAAGCUUCCCAGCAAAGGUUUUAGAUGACUGUUGGUGAAGUUGCAAAAGAACGUAACAGUAGAGGUAGUAGGGUGAUUUUACUGACCUGAUGGAGAUGUGAGCUCUAGCUUGCAAGAAUGCAGAUUUCAGAGUAUGUCUGACCUACAGUGAAUGUGUAUGAAGUGUGUUUUGUUUUUCCUGUCCUUUUACUUUGAGCUCUUCCGUCCUUAUAAGAGUUUUGCAGCA